UCCCUUCUCAGACACCGGAACCUCUCACUCUCUCUCUAACUUGCCGGACCUGCCACCUUCCAAGGGCUCUGUCCGGAAGUAGGUGGAGCGCAUGCUCGGUGUGGCGGCGGCCUGCAGCGCAGUGAUGGCGGGGCCGGCCGGUCUGAGGGAGCUGGACGAGACUGAUGAGGAGGAUGGAGCCGAAUCCGGCUUCACGCUGGAGGAGGUGCUGCGCCUCGGGGGCACCAAGCAAGAUUAUAUCAUGCUGGCUGCUCUGGAUGAGACUGAGGACCUAGUGGAUGGUGGUAAACAAGGAGCAAUUGAUGACCUGGGGCAAGGUGAACUAGAAGAAUUUAUCCAGUCACUAGGUGUGUGCAAAUAUGCAAAAAAAAUCAUGGUGGAAGAGGAGAAGGAAAAAAAGGACAAGCCAGCAAAGAAAGAGAAAAUUAGUAAAAAGGAUACCAGUGCCCCUUCCCUAGAAGGAAAGAAAGAAAAUCAAGUCAAAGAAAACAAAGGAAAAGCACAGAUAAAUAAUGGCAAAGACGGGAAGAAGAAGACAGCUCAGCGUAAUGAAGAGCACAUUCCUACAGUGCCAGUGGUGAAGAAAGAGAAACAAGAAGAGGUGUUUGAAUUUCAUGCUAGGCAAGUACUGCUGAUCAAACCAGGGGGCAAAUGGUAUGAUCUAGAGUACACCAAUGAAUUCUCUUCUGAGCAACAAAAUCAGGUGUUCGUAUCAAAGUAUAAAGCCUUGGCCCAAAGACUGUAUCAGCAGGAGACAGACCUGUAUAAGAGUAAGACAAAACUUCAGAAGGGUACCUCCUCAGCUUGGAUGAACAAUGUUGUGUCAUCAGGUACGCUAACUGACAGAAUGGCAGCCAUGACCCUUCUUAUCCAAGAUGGGUCUGUCCACGCUCUCCAAUUUAUUGAGACCUUGGUGAACCUUAUCAAAAAGAAGGGCAGCAGGCGUCAGAGCCUAAUGGCUUUGGAUACUUUCAAGGAGCUUCUCUUGUCAGAUCUGUUACCAGACAAUCGUAAACUCCACACUUUCUCUCAACACCCUUUCAACAAACUGGAGAAGCUUUCAAGUGGCAACAGAGAUUCAAGGGACAGGCGAUUGAUAUUAUGGUAUUUUGAGCAUCAGCUGAAACACUUGGUGGCAGAAUUUGUGCAGGUAUUAGAAACACUGACUCAUGAUUCUCUGGUGGCAACUAAGGCUCGAGCCCUUGCAGUUGCUUAUGAGCUUCUCUGUAACAAGCCAGAAGAGGAGAAGGCUCUUCUUGUGCAGCUGGUAAAUAAAUUGGGAGAUCCUCAAAACAAAAUAGCCACCAAAGCCUCUUAUCUUCUGGAGACCUUACUUCAUAAACAUCCAAACAUGAAAGGAGUAGUGUGUAAUGAAGUGGAGAGGCUUCUCUACCGAUCAAACAUUAGCCCAAAAGCUCAAUAUUACGCAGUUUGUUUUUUAAAUCAGAUAGUCCUCAGCCAUGAGGAAAAUGAUCUGGCUAACAAACUGAUAACUCUGUAUUUUUGCUUUUUUCGGAGUUGCAUCAAGAAAAAAGAAGUUGAUUCCAAAAUGCUUAGUGCUCUUCUGACUGGGGUGAACAGAGCUUACCCUUAUGCUCAGAUUGGUGAUGAGAAAGUGAAAGAGCAGAUGAACACUUUGUUUAAGGUGCUACAUCUUGUGAACUUCAGCACCAGUGUGCAGGCCCUGAUGUUGCUUUUCCAAGUAAUGGACUCUCAUCAGACUGUAUCAGAUAGAUAUUACACAGCAUUGUACAAGAAACUGCUGGAUCCAGGGUUAGCAGCAUGUUCAAAGCAGUCCAUGUUUCUUAAUCUUGUUUACAAGUCUGUGAAGGCAGAUGUUGUGUUGCGGCGGGUGAAGGCCUUUGUGAAAAGAUUACUUCAAGUCACUUGUGGACAAAUGCCACCAUUCAUUUGUGGAGCCCUGUAUCUUGUGUCCGAGAUUAUGAAAAUAAAACCAGGAUUACGAGUUCAACUACAGGAUCAUGUGGAGUCUGAAGAAGAAGAACACUUUCAUGACCUGGAAGAAGCUGAAGAGGAUGAGGAAAAGUUCACAGAUGCAGACAAAGAAACGGCAGCAGAAAGAAAGAGCAUGAUGGAAAGUUCUGUCAAAGGAGACAAUACAAAUUCAGCAGCCUCCUGGGUGCAUCAUCAGAACAUGAGUGGUGGAAAGAAUUCAAGUUGCUAUGAUCCAUUGCACCGAAAUCCAUUAUUCUGCGGUGCUGAAAGCACAAGUCUUUGGGAAUUAAAAAAGCUUUCUGAACACUUUCAUCCAUCUGUGGCUCUUUUUGCAAAAACUAUCUUAGAGGGUGGUUACAUUCAAUAUGCAGGUGACCCUCUACAGGAUUUCACACUAAUGAGAUUUUUGGAUCGCUUUGUGUACCGAAAUCCCAAACUUCAUAAAGGCAAAGAGAACACGGGCAGUGUGGUAAUGCAGCCAAAGAAGAAACAGUUAAUGAAUGAUGUGCGUAGUCUUGCUGUCAACAGUAAGGAAUUCCUUGCCCAAGAUGAAAGUAAAAUCCCAGUGGAUGAAGUGUUUUUCCACAGAUUUUAUAAAAAGCUUGAUAAAGAGAAACGAAAACGUCCAGUGGAGGAAGAAAGCGUGGAAGAUGUAGAUGAUGAUGAAUUUGAAAGAAUACUGGACUCAUUUGAAGGUGACAGUUACUUUGAUACUGUUAGCAAGGAUGACAUUGAUUUUGCUGGUAAUAUCAAAAACAAGCCCAAGGGUGGUAAGAAAAGCAAAAGAGAUGAGGAAUGCAGUGAUGACUUGGAAGAUUCUGAUGAUGAAGAUGAAUUCAAUGAGAUGGAUGAUGAAGUAGUCUCCCUGGGAAGUAUGGAUGAAGAGUUUAGAGAUGACAUUGAUGAAGAGGGAGGUGCGUUUAUGGAUGUAUCAGAGGAUGACAACAGUCCAGAUGUAAACAGUAAAGAUCAGGUCAAAUCUGUCAGUAAAAAAGGCAAGAGAAAAAAAGAUACUUAUUUUGCUGGAUCAUUUGAAGGAUCAAAGCAGCAAAAGAAAAGAAAACUCAAAAACACCAGCAUGCUUGCUGCUGCAGAAGAGUUUGGCACUCUUCUGGAUGAAAAUGUUACAUCCAAGUUUGAUAACAUUGGUAUGAAUGCAAUGGCUAACAAAGAUAAUGCAAGCAUCAAACAGCUCAAGUGGGAAGCAGAGCGUGAUGAUUGGCUCCACAACAGAGAUGUGAAAACUAUUAUCAAGAAGAAAAAACAGUUCAGACACAAAGGCCUGAAAAAUAAGCACAAAGGCAAAAAGUCAAGAAAAUGAAUGAGACAUUGUUUUACACUGCUUCUGUUUUUACUUACUUCUAAUUUUUGCUGCUUAGCCAUUUCAGUUGGUCCUUCUCCCUUAUUCCAUGAACUCCAGCCCAUUCAUUGCUUUUGUAAUAAACUGUGAAAACAUAAGAAAAGGCAUCAGUGUCAUCUGUUCCUCUUAUGUGCAUCUGAAUGUCUAGGUCUAAUUUUAUUGGCUUUGUAUUCAUCUGAUUCUGAGUAGGAAAGAGAUCACUAGAAUUGUCUCUAGCUAAAUGUACAUUUUACAACCUCUGCACUUCUGAAAAACAUUUAGCAACAAUACAAAACUAGAAGAUAAUUCACUGUCAAAAAGACAUACGAGCUUUAUCAAGUGGUUUCUUUUAGUUGGCAAGAAGUAACUUACCUUCCAGAAUGGAUGGAAAUCUCUUGUUCAUUGUAUGCCUAAAAUCUGAUAAGGGAAUAAGAAAAAAAUUACAAUUGUUCUCAAAAAAAAUAAAUGAAUUGCACCAA